AUGGCAUCCAACAGAGCUGCAUGGCAAAACGCCGUGGGAGAGAAGCUUAACGUCCAAUCCGCUCCCUACACACCUCCUUCGGAAAACGAGAUCGUCAUCAAGAAUCAAGCCUGGGCUGUCAACCCCAUCGACUGGCUUGUGCAAGAGAAUGCACUCUUCGACUGGAUGGAAUAUCCUCUCAUCACCGGAUCCGACAUCGCCGGCGAGGUAGUCGAAGUGGGCAGUGGUGUCAUGCGCUUCAAGAAGGGUGAUCGUGUCCUCGCAAUGUCGAUUGGACAAGAUAAGAACAAGCAUUCUGAGGGGGCAUACCAGCUGUACAGCGUCGCCCAAACCGUCUUGGCAGCACCGAUUCCCGACAGCAUGUCUUAUGCCGAAGCCGCCGUCUUCCCUUUGGGUCUGUGCGUAGCCGCCUGCGGUCUAUUCCAACAAGAUCAACUAGCUCUCCAGCACCCCACUGUGCCUCCGAAGCCCACUGGAAAGACUAUAAUUGUUUGGGGUGGCGCUUCCUCUGUUGGUUCGAAUGCCAUUCAGCUUGCGGUUGCUGGUGGCUAUGAAGUUUUCACUACCGCCUCACUCAAGAACUUCGACCACCUCCAAAAGCUUGGCGCAAGCAAGAUUUCUGACUACAACAGCAAAACCGUUGUCGACGAUCUGGUUUCCGCAUUAAAGGACAAGCACUUCGAGGUGGUCGACAAAGCCACUGGGACCAAAUUUGUUUCCUCAGCCCCGCCUAUUCCCGAGAACAAGCCCGGCGGUGUUGAGGCUAACAUGGUUUGGGGAAGUUCGCUGAAAGACAACGAGGUCGGUCCGGCGAUCUUUGUUGACUUUCUACCAAAGGCGCUCGCGGAGGGUAAAUACAUUCCGGCACCCGAGCCUUGGAUUGUUGGGAAAGGCCUCGAGUCCAUUCAAGAUGGAUUUGAAGCCCAGAAGAAGGGUGUUUCCGCGAAGAAGGUGGUCAUUACCGUUUGA